CUCAGAUAUUCCUUGAGGAACAUUCAUUCCCGUUCAGUUUACACAAGUAUUUUAAAAAAACUUCCAAAAUGUGUGUGGAUUCAUCACGUGUUCAAUUUUCGCUGAAUAGCGUCAAUCAUUCAAAGAAGUUCGCAACCAGCUACAGUAUCAAGAAGAUGCUCAAAGCGAUCUUCAAGAAGUACAAGGUCAAGGACGCCAGCUCCUGUGAAUCUUUGGAAUCUCUGGAAUCAUUGGAUAACAUUCGAAAUUCACAAGUCGAGGAUUAUUCUACCGAAAUCGAGGACAACGCCGCCAACGAGAGGCUAUUGGAGAAUUACGAGCAAUUGAGCGAUUACGAAUCGGAGGAUGACGAUCAAGACAAGUUCCUGAUACCAGUGAAUUGUGUUCAAACUCCAAGCGGAACAUUUUUCUGGACAACGACCCAACAACCUGCCGAUAAGGAUCUCAUCCAGCCACUCAACUGCUACACUCAAUAUCAAAUUGCAGAAUUCCAACGAUGCGAUCGUUGGGCACAAGCUUAAUGCGAAUAUUGUUUUGUUGUAAAACAUUUUUGGUCUUCCCAAAUUCCAUUAUGUCUUCCACUUGACCGAAAGCUUUAAUUCAUUGUGAUAUUUUGUUGAGAAAAUUAUUCGAUUUAUGUUUACGAUCUUUGAUGAUAUUGUGAUUAAUAAAAAAUAAUUCGUUGUAAA